AUGAACAGAUCUCAGCAAGCUGCUCAGCCUCGACAUGGCAGUCAGCCGCCAUCACCGGGGCAAUCGCACCAGACACGACAGGCUGCUGUGUCGCUGGAGGAUACUAUUGCGCUGACGACGACGCCUCAUCAUCCAUGGACUAGCGAUCCUGCUCUGGCGAGCCAAGUUCAAGACCUGCCACCUCGGUACGAUUUUCAUCAAUUCCCUCCUACGCCUCCUGCACUGGCCACCUCCGACUUCGCGCCAGGCUCGUAUUUUGAUCAACCUCAUCUUCCCCCUUGUGGUUCAAGCCCACAUUCGUCUGCCGAUUUGCAACCCUCCGAACAGCCACCACGCUCGUUCGCCUCACGCUUUCCACGAUGGGGCACAUGGCUCGAAAAGCGUGCAAUGGAGCGUCACUACGCUCAGCUUGAUAGCGCUCAGCUGCGUCACUCACACGAACAAUCUCUUGCCUCUCCAGAGGGAGCAGACACUCCGAACCGCAAGAAGAGCUGGGGCGCCUGGGUCAACGAUCCCAAUGCCGUCAACGAUGAGUUGCCCUCGUCUUCCGUCAAGCACGCCGCAUCCUCGCUGCCUUCACUACACACGCACCACUUUGGCUCUCGCUUCAUCCCACAUUUGCCCGCGCAGCCGCUGUGCAGCAUCGUCGUCGAACUAACGCCCCCCUCGCAUUCUUCUCAUCAUAUCCAUGCUGCUGAAAGACAGAUUCUUCUGGUCGGCACUGUGCAAGGCUUAUUCGCGCUCCAAUUCCGGUCCAAGCACGCCUCUACCAGUGAUGACCUGAGCGCACCUACAUCAACGUCGUCAGCGACGUACCGUCAAUGGAAUGACAGCGUACGCUGUAUCCCUGUCUGGACCGGCCUCGCUGUCUAUCAGAUGUGUGUACUCGCAUCUCAGGAUCUAGCCAGCUUCCAACACGCUCGCAACGCACAGCAAGAGACCACCAUGAGCUCAGGUGUUCUGCUCGCACUCACUUCUCCUUCUUCUGCCAAGGAUGGCUUCUUGGCUUCCUCCCUCAUACAACUCAGCGCUCACGCAGGCUCUGUCUUGGAGAGCGUAGCUGCCUCGGCUGCCUUUCCUUCUACUUCGUCCAGCUCCAGUCACAGCAGCCACGGCAUUCAUGACCCCAACGAAGGUGUCGCCGCAGCCAAUUUUGGCUCCACGUCCGGCGGCGGUCCUGGACGUGCGGUGCCUCCAGGUGGCACAGGCGUUGUCAGGAUGUGGCAUUUGCAGGCCAUCAGAGAGCUUCUGGUAUACGCACUCGACAGAGACGAUGCUCAACUUCCGAUUGAUCUCGCAGCCGCAUCCGGCAGCAACGUGGACAAGCGAGCGGGACUUGGCUCCAUGUUCAAAAGGAGGUUUUCCCGACAGAAGCCCGGCUCAGAGAACAAACGAGGAGGUCACGAGCGAAGCAUCUCCAGCGGCGUUCGCUCGACAACGGUACAACCUUUGCCGACACCCGAUAGCGAUACCAUCUCUCCAUCUCGCUCUCAGCCGUUUUCGCAAACCUCUUCGGCCCGCGGCAUCAAUCAAGACAGAUUCGAGCAAGCAUUUCGGCCGCAGCCGACUCGCUUUUCGUCCAGCGACCGGCAACAGAAAGAUCAGUCGCCGCGAACGUCACCACGGUCGACUACGCGCCAAGUUGAUCCAGCACAUGCUGCUGCCAUACGUCUCGCUUUCAGCUCGGUGCCCAUUCAGCCUCCUUCACACGCAACAGCUGCAUCGCAUGGCAACAACGUCUCCUUUACCUCGCUGUUCGCUGACGAUCUCAUUCAGUCAUUUUCUGGGGCUCGACAAGCAGGCGCGAAAGGGAAAGACCGCGAAAGCAGUGUGCAAGCUGCUUCCAAAGGUGUCCUCUUCUUUUCUGUCCACGAAGCUGACAAAGAUACCAAGGCCUCCGGCACAUGGUAUCUGGCAAUAGCCUAUGCUCGCAGCGUGCUGGUUUAUGAGGCUGCUGCUACUUCUAAAGGCGCUUCAUCUAGGGCGUGGUCCUUCCUGAAAGAAUUGUAUGCGCCUUUUCCUAUCAAGGCGGUUGCCUUUGCUCCUGCGGCUGUCUCAGACGAGCUACAUCCUUUCGUCAAUCCGGGCUCUUUCCCCAUCAGUGCGGGGCCCACGAAGCUAAGGGUAACAACUGCCGAUGGCACUCUUACAGCCAAGAAGGCGUCUCACCGAGAACAAGGCCGUGUCAAAGGUGACUCAAGCCCCGUCCUCUCACCUCGCGGUAGUGCUGCUCCGGCAUCCUGGCACAAGGCCGAUCUUUGUCUCAUGCUCAGCUUUGGUCGAAGAUCUGUGCUAGUCCGUCUCAGAGAUUCGCAAGUACGCGAGAUGGAAGUCAGACCUCUGGCUCAACUCCUGGCUGCUGCCGCUGAUGACGGUGCAGCUCAAUUGUCGCUCCAGACGCACAAUCCUCCGCUCGCCGCAGCAUAUUUACUCAACCACGAUCGAUCCCGGCCUAGAAGUGUCAACGGCGACGGCGAUCUGCCACCGGAGCGCCAGCUUCCCAACACCUCCGCACACUCGCGCACAGGAUCUAUGGAGCAAAAAAUUCGCGACACCAUUCUCGACAAGAGGUCAGUCAAGCACAACUGGGUAGGCUUUUCCGCCGUCGAAGCGCGGAUUUUUAUCCGGCAGUGUUGUAGACCGCGAACCGAUCGGCAAAACGACGCAUGCAGGCUAGUUCCGGAAGGGUCGGGCCCCUCGCUCAUGGGAAUUCGGAUGGCCAGAGACCAGGUUUUCGCCUCGCCCAUCUCUGUUGCACCUAUUGAUAAAGCCCUUCCCCAGGUUCCUGCACAACAAAACGCGUCAUUCGAUCGACGCAUCUCGAGAUUGCAUCUGUCCGAAGAGCAGUCCAGGUAUCAUGAUCAGCUUGAGGCCGAGAGCAGCAGCGACAGUGACGACGGAUACGGGCUGGUCGACACGCGAGAGCGAGCGGCAAGGUACCAACUCACGGAUCCAGGGCCUUUGCCCAGGGCGAACGAGAGAAGGAACCAAGCCGAAGUUCUCCUCAAGGCCCCCAAUCGCGCCGCAUCGCUUCCGCCCGCUGAGCCCGUCUCUGCCAAAGUGGCCCUUGCUACCAAAGGCAGCCUCACGCACAUUCUUCCGCUUCCACUGGCGGCAGAUGUUGCCCAAGCCUCACCCCUUGCAGUCAUGCAGUGGUCAGACACGCCCAACGCUGUGUCGGGCUGGGCCCGUGUGCUCGGAGUGGAACGCGUUCAGAGCCACCCGAGCCAAUCUCACAAUGCUUCCGUGCCAUCGGACGUCCGAGUCUCGUCUGGCGAUGUUCCCGCCGCCAACCAGACUGCGCCGUCACUUGCUUUCGACACUCGUCGCAAGGUCGACAAGCUGAAUUUGCAUGUCGGAGUGACAUGUGCUGCCUUCAUGGCUAGCCGCAUCGAGUCGCGGAAGGUGUCUUUCAAGAUCCCGGUGGAGGCCAACUUCGACCUCUUGCCGGACAGCGAGCUGGAGCUCGUACCGCUUUCCUCUGAUACACGCUACGCGCGUGCCCAAGGAGGCGCCGUGGAAGCGCCGAAAGCAGAAACCCAUGGAGGUGUCGAUGCCACCAACACGUUUCCCACCUCUGAGAGUUCGGCGCACUUCCCAUACCCUCCCGUCCAGCAUGGAGGUCAGACUCCUGCUCACAACAUCAACCAGAGAAGCGCCGUCAGCCAGGAGCUCGAAUACCUCUGCGCACCAUUGCUCACGCUCAACCCAGUCGACCUGGACGUCCGCAGCUCUGGCGCACAGUCUCUCGUGCUGCCUCUGUCGCACACAUCGGAUCACGGGCCGACUGCACACGCCAUGUUGCCAGACCUCGGCGGAGACGCAGGCAUCAUCGCGUUCGAUUGGCGCGGCGCCGACGACUUCCGCAUCUUCACUGUCGGCAUCGCUGGCUAG